CGGUACUUUCACAUUCGGAAAACGGUCAGCAGUGAAAACAAGCUGUCAAGAAAGGGACGUCGGGUGCCUCUGUUCAGGCCUGUGACUUUUGUACAGUUUAGUUAACAGGAAAAAAAUGGAGACUGGUGCGUACGGGGCCUCGCUGGCCGGAGGCGCCUUCGACUUCGUGAGCUUUUUAAGACAGCCGCAAACCAUAGUGCGAAUCUUGAGCUGGGUUUUUGCCAUCGUAGUGUUCGCCACCAUCACGGGAGAGGGCUAUUACAAUGUCGACCCGAAGCAGUCGACGCCCACGUGCAUGUUCAACCAGAACGACAGCGCUUGCCACUACGGGGUGGGCAUCGGCAUACUGGCCUUCCUGGCCUGUGUGGCCUUCCUGGUGCUGGAUGCCUACUUCCCUCAGAUCAGUAACGCCAACGACAGGAGGCGCAUCGUCAUGGCCGACCUCAUCUUCUCAGGUGCGUGGACGUUCCUGUGGUUUGUGUGCUUCUGCUACCUGGCCAAUCAGUGGUCUCAUACGAAAGAUGAAAAGAACAUCAUCCCGGGCGAUGCCGCCCGAGCCGUCGUGGCCUUCUCCUUCUUCUCUACUGUCAGCUGGGGAAUCCUGACCUUCUUCGCCUUAAAGAGGUACCGUCAGGGGGUGCCUGAAUUUGGCCAGAACUACACUGACCCUGCUAAUGAUCACACCACCCCUUACCCCUACCCGAGCAGUGGCCCAGAGAGCUACCAGCAGUCACCCUUCACCCCCAGCUCAGAGCCAAUGGGAGAGGGAGGCUAUCAGCCUCCCGUCUACUGAGGCGGCCUGAUGUUUUGAUCACAUGACUUGCAGUAGGGAGGUUUUGUUUGGUUUCGUUUCUUUGGUGUUUUUUUUUUUUUUUUUUUUUAAACGGCCAAUGAGAGCUCAACUGUGAGGACCGGUCCUUGCACUCCACUGUUUUGUCUUUCAUUCUGAGUACAAUUUAUAACCUCUUGCGUGCACUUGCGUGUGGAAGGACAUGCACGCACGGCACAUGCAUGUUAGCUUUGUAUUCACAGCCAAGUGAGGUUCUGAAUGGGUGUUAACGUCUUUUUCUCAUACAUACUGUAGGACGCGUAUCCUGAAAAGGCAUUGUAAUCCUGGUUUGAUCCGAAAAAAGAUUCAGUGAUUACAAAACGACGGGCUAUUGUGGGACCGCUGAAUCUGAAUUACUGUUGAACUUAUUGUUCUGUUUAUGCUGCAGAAUGAGGGAGGUGACCCUGAAAAGACCCAAAGUGCUUAUUAGGUUUUCCAGUAAACGACAGCAGAAAGUGUUUCUGCUAACAGAGAGCAAAUUGUUAAGGUGGCCGAUGACAUGAAAGUGAGAUGAAUGGAUUUUAUUAAACCACUGAAUAAGACCUGCUAGGAGAUUAGCUUUGAUUUGAACAUAAAUCUGGGGUGUCCUAUGAAUGCAUAGUAUUAUUAUUAUUAUUAUAUUAAUUGGCUAUGACACGCUGUGUAUUGGUCAGUCUUCCUGGAAAUGCAGAAUUGUACAUUUCCUUAUCUAGCUACAUACACAGCAGCUUGUUAAUCGCUGCCAAUGAUCGAACCCAUUGAUAGUGCCAAAUAAGUGACCAUUAGUUACUUAGUGUACGCUAGGCUCUGUGCUGUCAGUGCAACUCGCUGAUGCUUCGUUGUAGAGCUCUUUGGAAAACCGGAAUGAAGCACAUGUCCUGCUCAGUGAACGUGGGACUGAGACAUCCUCGCAGUGGGUAGCACAUGCGGAGACGUGGGGAGUGACGUUAUGAGAAUGUUUUGUGUCGGCUGCAUCAGUAUUUAAAAUGUAUUCAGCGGUCCCACAAUCAGCAGUCAUUCUGACAGCCUAUGUAAAGGAA